UAAAAAUUAUAUUUUCAGGGUAAUACAAUUCAAGUCACAACAAAGACGUGAAGGCCUCACGUUUGUAAGGGAGGAAAAAUGCAUUUUAGUCGUACAGCCCUAACUUUUACUUGACCCAAGGCCAGCAAGAAAAUGUUUCUUUUUAUUUGUAUAUAUUUUUUCUUUGGUGACAAUUUGGUGUUUCUGAACGCUAGGGGCUCCCGGUUUCUCUGGUUUGAGAGCAACUUUUCCUUUUAGGACUUUUUUUUUUGAAGGGGGUGGGGGAAAAUGUGGCCUUAAUUAUCCUACGUCUUAGGCAGCUUAAGGAAGGGGCUGUGCUUUCAGAAUCCCAUCCGAGCCAAGUAAGGAGGUCCCUCUUUCUCUCUCCCCCCACGUCUUCUCUUUUUAAAGGACCUCGUGAAAUAGAAGUGCAGAAAACAAACCCAGGCGAUCACAGCAGCAGCCGCCGCGGGCAGCAGCACCAACAGCAGGAGGAGCAGGAGGAGGAGGAGGAGGAGGCAAAGUUGGAGUUGGGGCUGGCGCUCCGGAGUUGCUGGACUCAGCGCAGCUCCCAUUCAUUAAGGAACCAGCUGCGGAGGAAGGUGGCGGAGCGCCCGCGCUGCCCACUCGCUCGCUCGCGCACUCAGACGCGCGCCAGCCCAGCGCGCCCCAAGCUGCGCAGCUCUGCAAAAGUUUCUGCUCGGGAUCUGGCUCUCUUCCCCUUGGACUUUCGAACGAUUUGGGGUUGAGAGAGGAAAGCAGAGGCGCGCAGGAGGAGCAGAAAACACCACAUUCUGCAGUUGGAGGCAGGCAGCCCGGGCUGCACUCUCGCCGCCGCGCCCGGAGCCCGGGCCGACCGGCCACUCUCCGCAGCAGCCUCGGCCAGGAGGCGACUCGGGCGCCUGGGUGUGUGGCUGCUAUUGCGGGACGUCUUCGCGAGGCGGGAGGCUCGCGCCGCAGCCAGCGCCAUGCAAAACUACAAGUACGACAAAGCGAUCGUCCCGGAGAGCAAGAACGGCGGCAGCCCGGCGCUCAACAACAACCCGAGGAGGAGCGGCAGCAAGCGGGUGCUGCUCAUCUGCCUCGACCUCUUCUGCCUCUUCAUGGCGGGCCUCCCCUUCCUUAUCAUCGAGACAAGCACCAUCAAGCCUUACCACCGAGGGUUUUACUGCAAUGAUGAGAGCAUCAAGUACCCACUGAAAACUGGUGAGACAAUAAAUGACGCUGUGCUCUGCGCCGUGGGGAUCGUCAUUGCCAUCCUCGCGAUCAUCACGGGGGAAUUCUACCGGAUCUAUUACCUGAAGAAGUCGCGGUCGACGAUUCAGAACCCCUACGUGGCAGCACUCUAUAAGCAAGUGGGCUGCUUCCUCUUUGGCUGUGCCAUCAGCCAGUCUUUCACAGACAUUGCCAAAGUGUCCAUAGGGCGCCUGCGUCCUCACUUCUUGAGUGUCUGCAACCCUGAUUUCAGCCAGAUCAACUGCUCUGAAGGCUACAUUCAGAACUACAGAUGCAGAGGUGAUGAUAGCAAAGUCCAGGAAGCCAGGAAGUCCUUCUUCUCUGGCCAUGCCUCCUUCUCCAUGUACACUAUGCUGUAUUUGGUGCUAUACCUGCAGGCCCGCUUCACUUGGCGAGGAGCCCGCCUGCUCCGGCCCCUCCUGCAGUUCACCUUGAUCAUGAUGGCCUUCUACACGGGACUGUCCCGCGUGUCAGACCACAAGCACCAUCCCAGUGAUGUGCUGGCAGGAUUUGCUCAAGGAGCCCUGGUGGCUUGCUGCAUAGUUUUCUUCGUGUCUGACCUCUUCAAGACUAAGACGACGCUCUCCCUGCCUGCCCCUGCUAUCCGGAAGGAAAUCCUUUCACCUGUGGACAUUAUUGACAGGAACAAUCACCACAACAUGGUGUAGGUGCCACCCACCUCCUGAGCUGUUUCUGUAAAAUGACUGCUGACAGCAAGUUCUUGCUGCUCUCCAAUCUCAUCAGACAGUAGAAUGUAGGGAAAAACUUUUGCCCGACUGAUUUUUUAAAAGGAAAAAAAAAAAAUGUUUUACUUUGUGGCCUUCCAAAAUAGGUAGUGUUCGCCUAUGUGGAAACAACAGCAAACUAACACCAAGUGCCAGAGUCCUGGAUGUGCAAUUGGUUUAAGUGUUCAUGUUCUAGUGAACACGGCUUGUUCAGGAACAAACACUAAAAUGAUUUGAGUAGAGGCUGCUGGUCACCUUUUGUGACCUGAGGAAUCCCAGGCCUGUGAGAAAAGCAAAAAUUCACAUUGUAGCACACGAUGCCAGACAUAGCACUGAAUCAAGAAAAUAGCCAUUGCAGAGCUGCCCUCUUGAGUCUUUCUGUCCAUCCCAUUCUAUUCUGUACUGUGACUUUAGUUCAGGAAGUUUUGCUUUGUGUUUUAAAUAGAAGGAAAGAGCAAGUUUGCUCAGUCAAGUGAUCAGAUCCCGAAUCCAGAUUCCCAGUGCUAAGGCCUUACCACCUCCCCUGCCCAUAGGCCAACAACCAUAGUUCCUCACAUUAGUGAUUAGCAGACUCUUUGUGGACGAGUGAAUUUCACAAAUAGCACAAUUUCAGAAGAAAUCGAGGGCACAGGCCCUCACUUUUCUUCUUUUGACGCACCAUCCUGUGAUGUUGAAAUGUCAAUUGCAGGAUGCUGAUGUUGUGCACGUCAAUCACCGGGCACUUGCACACUCUUAGAAACAGUUCGACUUCGGUUACUGCCUUCUCCCUUGAAAUCCUUGCUGCGUGCCCACCAGGAUUUCCUGUGCGGGCCCGGGAUGAGCAAGGCAUGGUCUGCCACCAGCUGAUGGAAAGCAGCCUUCUGUACAACAGAUGGGAGAGUGAAGGGGGCAGAAUGAAAAUCGAACCAACCUUUUAGCUGUUGCAAAUCAGAAGGAGCCAGAGAAGCAGGCAGUCUCAUGCCUGAGAGGUUACCCUUCAGGAUGACAGAGCUGAGGGUCUUUGUAGGAGUUGCUCUUGCUGUGUAAAGCACUAUUGUCUUGGGGUUGACCCCUAGGGCAGUUCUUGAUAGGUUCUGCUGGGCAGAACAUAUGGGUUAAAUCUCGGUAGAGAGUUUUCCUCAUCCUCUAUCCAUAAGUGUCCUUCCAUGCAAGGUCCUACUCUAGGUGAUAGACAGGGACCCCUUCUACUGUACCUUUUGAGGAAAGGAGGAAGGAAGAAAUGCGUUUAGAUCUUGGAUGCAGACCUUUCAAAGGGUUACAUGUAACCAUAUGGAUCAACCACAUGCACAUCCUUACUACAGAAUCCGUCCUUUCAUUUCAACUUAUAGCAAGCUAUGAUUUUUAUAUAUAAAUAUUAUAUAAAUAAUGUAUAAAACAUUAAAAGUUAACUAUGUAAGAUAUUUCUGAAACAAUUUUAGCUAUAUCCACUAUGAUUAUAAACUGUGUCUCGACCUGUGUUAUUUACAUUAGCUGCUUAAAAAAGCAUUGAGUUAAUUUUUUAAAUAUCAACUAAAAUAUCAUAGUUCUGUGGUAGACAUUGUUUUAUAAUGAAAGAAAUAACUGCAACUAGAGAAAACUGUAUAAAAACAUUAAAUUGUCGGUAUUUUUGUAAGGUUCCAUUUUGUAAAGAGAAUAAUAUUCAAAGACUUUUGUAGCAUACAAAGUGAAAACUUGUAUCUGCGAAACUAUACUUGUAUUAAAUGUGCUUUUUAAAUAAAAGCUCGUAACACAACUAA